CCCAUUGGCUGAGUCCCUCGUGCCCAUUCCCCGGACGCAGCUAUAUAUACAUCCCCUCCGUGCUGUUUGAGCCCCUGUGAUGUCCAACUGCACAGUGAAGAAGCAGAAGAUGGAGGUGUCAGCGCUGGAACAACUGAAGAAGUACACGGUGGUCGUGGCCGACACUGGGGACUUCAAUGCUAUUGAUGAAUACAAGCCACAAGAUGCCACCACUAACCCAUCACUCAUCUUGGCGGCAGCACAGAUGCCAGAAUACCAGCAGCUAGUCAGUGAUGCCAUCCAGUAUGGCAAAAAGCUUGGCGGGUCUGAGGAACAGCAGAUGAAUAAUAUCAUGGACAAACUGUUCGUCUUGUUUGGAUUUGAAAUCCUCAAGAAAAUUCCAGGACGUGUUUCCACAGAAGUGGACGCCAGACUGUCCUAUGAUAAGGAUGGGAUGAUAGAACGUGCACGGCGUCUUAUUGCCCUUUACAAGGAGGCUGGUAUAGACAAGGAGAGGAUCUUGAUCAAGCUGUCAUCGACUUGGGAGGGAAUACAAGCUGGAAAGGUACUGGAAGAGAAGUAUGGCAUACACUGCAAUAUGACUCUGCUGUUCUCCUUUGCCCAAGCCGUGGCCUGUGCUGAGGCUGGUGUGACACUCAUCUCCCCAUUUGUUGGGAGAAUAUUGGACUGGCAUGUUGCAAACUCGGGCAAGAAGAGUUUUGAACCAUCCGAGGAUCCAGGUGUGAAGAGUGUUACCCAGAUUUACAACUACUACAAGAAGUUUGGCUACUCCACCAUAGUCAUGGGGGCAUCAUUCCGGAACACAGGGGAGAUCAAGGCGCUCGCUGGCUGCGAUUAUCUGACCAUUUCUCCCAAGCUGCUUGGAGAGCUCAGCAAGGACUUCUGUAAGCUCAGCCCAGCGCUGAAUGUGAAAGCAGCCCAGGCCAGCGAUCUAGAGAAGGUCCACAUGGAUGAGAAAACUUUCCGCUGGGAACACAAUGAAGACCAGAUGGCGGUGGAGAAACUAUCUGACGGGAUCAGGAAGUUUGCUGCCGAUGCAAUCAAGCUAGAAGACAUGUUAAAGGAGCGCCUCAAGAAAUGAUAAUGGUUCCUUUUUCCAGCCUGUGAUGUCGAGAUCAUUCCUCGCCUAUAAUCGGCCCCGGCAAUCCUCCUCCUGUUUUUAUGAGCAUUGUAACAUUACCAUUUUACAUUUUCAGUUUUGUACAAGAUUCUUCUAAUGCACUGAUUAAACCCAUUACUUAUCCCAA